AUGGCACAGCAACAGAAUCCCCCAGGAGAUUCACGUCAACACGGCAACGUUAUAAGUGUAGGCGCUGGUGUCUCUCAGCCUGAUCCAAAGAUGGUGACGAUGGGAUCAGUAGAUACGGUUACGAUUGGAGAAGCUUUGGAGGUUACGGCUUUGUCGCUUGGAGAUAAGCCUGUCGACCGUAAAGAUGCCGCUGCGAUUCAAGCGGCUGAAACUAGAGCCACCGGUGAGUCCAAGACUCGACCCGGUGGUCUUGCCGAAGCGGCUAAGGAGGCUGCUGCCACUAACGAACGCACGGUGUCGGAGGAAGCCAAAGUGACCAUUGCAGACAUUCUCACCGAUGCGACAGAGAAGCUUCCGGGGGACAAGGUGGUGACUAGUGAAGAUGCGGAGGCCGUGGUUGGAGCAGAACUCCGAAACAGUCCGGAAAUGAAGACAACUCCUGGUGGAGUUGCAGAUUCCAUGUCUGCAGGUGCAAGGCUCAAUCAACCACUCUAA